AUGGAAGCAAUGGCUGGAGCUUGUGCAGCCCUCUUGAACCGAAAGUUGGUAGCUGCAUAUACAGGAUGUACAAGGGAGAAGAGUGGUGUGCCGUCGUCGUCUUGCAGGGUGAGGACAACUGAUCAGCCUCUUGGUGGUUAUUUGCACAGAGGGCAUGUCCGGGAUACGGGCCAGGGCCGCGUGAGCUUAUGUCCUGUUGGCCUUUCUGCAGUAGUUGCUGCCCGGGCGAAGACGAGCUCUGCCAAAGUUUCCAAAAGUAAAAGAAAACCUCAUUUAGUCGGGAGGCCAGCAGAGGGAGUUCUCAGCAUCGCAGCCCAAGCCAGGACCUGGCAGGACGUGUUCCUCAUGAUCAGGCCCCACAAGACCACCAUCUUCGCGUACGCCAAGGAGUCCAGCACCUUGUUCGAGCUGAAGCGCAUCGUCGAGGGCAUCUUCAAGUGGCCGCCCGACGAGCAGCCGCUGUACAAGAACGACCAACUUCUGGAUGAUGGCAAGACACUGGGAGAGUGCGGCUUCACCAGUCAGAUGGCACGGCCGCAGGCCCCAGCCACCUUGGGGCUGGCCUUCCAGGCAGAUGAAGCUUUCCAGGCCCUGCACAUCGAGCCCUUCUCCAGUCCACCCGAGCUGCCCGAUGUAAUGAAGCCACAGGACUCAGGAAGCAGCGCCAAUGAACAAGCGGUGCAGUGAGAGGGCCCCGGGCCCGCCCCCAGUGGCCCCCCUCCCAAUAAAAGAGAUUUGGG